UAUAAAGAUCAGAAAAUCCCGGAUACGGUGAAAACUUUGAUGGGCGAGAAAGUGACUAAGCAGGGACAGAAAUUCAAACCGCCGGAGAAAUAUGACGAUGAGAAAAUUGAGCGAGAAAUUGAAGAAUUAUUCAAAAAAAGGGAUGCGCCAGCAUUGCCGCAGCUUGUGCUGGAAACCACCGACGCUGCUGCGGAGGAUGAAGAUGAUGAAGGUAAGAGCCCUUACCAUACUAAUAUCGUCUUCGCGCAUUUAGAUUUUUCUCGCAGUAAUAGUAAUGCAACCGAAAAUUUGAAAAGAUUGCUCUAG